UCGUCCCCAGUACCUUCCCGGAGGGCGACGUGGGGUGGGACCAGUGGCCUUGCAACUCGAUCUGAGCCCUAGUUAAAAAUACCCUUGCCCUGCCCUCCCUUUGGCUGGCCGUGCCCUUCUGUCCCAGCCCAACCCUCCUCACCCCGACAGGCGCCCGGCCCCUCCCGGGGGACAACUCUGCCUUUUAACAAUUUGUCCUCUCGCAGAGUUGGCUCAGAGCCCGAAGAGAAAGGGAGGGACCGAGGGACACCCUGAGCAUGAGGAUGGCAGAGGAGCUCAUCACAGCUGUGUACUGCACUGGGGUAUCAGCCCAAGUGCAAAAGCAACGGGCCAAGGAGCUGGGCUUGGGCCGCCAUGAAAAUGCCAUCAAGUACCUGGGCCAGGAUUAUGAAAAGCUGCGGGCAAAAUGCCUGCAGAAUGGGGUCCUCUUCCAAGAUGAAGCUUUCCCUCCCGUGACUCACAGCCUGGGCUACAAAGAACUGGGUCCCAAUUCCUCUAAAACAUACGGCAUCAAAUGGAAGCGUCCUACGGAGCUGCUGUCAAACCCCCAAUUCAUCGUGGAUGGAGCCACCCGAACAGAUGUCUGCCAGGGAUCACUGGGGGACUGCUGGCUCCUGGCUGCCAUUGCCUCUCUCACUCUUAACAAGCCCCUUCUGCACCGAGUGGUUCCCCAUGGCCAGAGCUUCCAGGAUGGAUACGCCGGCAUCUUUCAUUUCCAGCUGUGGCAGUUUGGAGAGUGGAUAGAUGUGGUCGUGGAUGACUUGCUGCCCACCAAGAAUGGGGAGUUGGUGUUCGUGCAUUCUGCCCAGGGCAAUGAGUUCUGGAGCGCCCUGCUUGAGAAGGCCUAUGCCAAGGUGAACAGCAGCUAUGAGGCCCUUUCAGGAGGCACCACCUCAGAGGCCUUUGAAGACUUUACUGGUGGGGUCACCGAGUGGUACGAUCUGCACAAAGCACCCAGAGACCUCUACCAGAUUAUUCUAAAGGCCCUGGAACGAGGCUCCUUGCUGGGUUGUUCUAUUGACAUCACCAGUAUCAUGGAUAUGGAGGCUACUACCCUUAAGAACCUGGUGAAGGGCCAUGCAUACUCUGUGACAGGUGCCAAUAAGGUGAAUUACCAGGGCCAGCAGGUGAGCCUAAUCCGAAUGCGGAAUCCCUGGGGCACAGUGGAAUGGAAAGGAGCCUGGAGUGAUAGCUCCUCAGAGUGGAACAGAGUGGACCCCUAUGACAGAGAGCAGCUGAGGGUCAAAAUGGAUGAUGGGGAGUUCUGGAUGUCAUUCCAAGACUUCUUACGUGAGUUCACCAGACUGGAGAUCUGCAACCUCACACCCGAUGCCCUUAAGAGCAGCACCCUCCGGAACUGGAAUACUACACUUUAUGAGGGCAGCUGGCGCCGGGGAAGCACCGCUGGGGGCUGCAGGAACUACCCAGCUACCUUCUGGGUGAACCCCCAGUUCAAGAUCCGGUUGGAGGAGGUGGACGAUGAAGACGACUAUGACAGUCGCGAGUCAGGCUGCAGCUUCUUGUUGGCCCUCAUGCAGAAGCACCGCCGCAGGGAGCGUCGCUUUGGCAGAGACAUGGAGACCAUUGGUUUUGCAGUAUACGAGGUCCCACGGGAGCUGGUGGGUCAGCCUGUGCACUUGAAGCGUGAUUACUUCCUGGCCAAUUCUUCUCGGGCACGCACAGAGUCCUUCAUCAACCUUCGUGAAGUCAGCAACCGUGUCCGCCUGCCACCAGGGGAGUAUAUAGUAGUGCCCUCCACCUUCGAGCCCAACAGAGAGGCUGACUUUGUGCUGCGUUUCUUCUCAGAGAAGGGUGCUGCGACCCAGGAGCUAGAUGACCAGAUCCAGGCCAACCUCCCUGAUGAGGAAGUGCUCUCUGAAGAGGAGAUCGAUGAUACCUUCAAAACCUUGUUCAGGAAGCUGGCAGGGGAGGACAUGGAGAUCAGCGUCAAGGAGUUGCAGACCAUCUUGAACAGGAUCAUUAGCAAACACAAAGACCUGCGGACCGAUGGCUUCAGCCUGGAGUCAUGCCGCAGCAUGGUGAACCUCAUGGACCGUGAUGGUAACGGGAAGCUGGGCCUGGUGGAAUUCAACAUCCUGUGGAACCGAAUCCGAAAUUACCUGACCAUUUUCCGGAAGUUUGACCUGGACAAGUCUGGCAGCAUGAGUGCCUACGAGAUGAGGAUGGCCAUUGAGGCUGCAGGCUUCAAGCUUAACAAGAAGCUGCAUGAACUCAUCAUCACCCGCUACUCAGAGCCCGACCUGGCCGUGGAUUUCGACAACUUUGUCUGUUGCCUCGUACGACUGGAGACCAUGUUCCGGUUUUUCAAAGCUCUGGACACAGACCUGGAUGGUGUUGUUACCUUUGAUCUAUUUAAGUGGUUACAGCUGACUAUGUUUGCAUGAAGUUUGGAUUCAACUCCCA